GCUCAGGAUGUAGAAUUUGGUAUAUAAGGUUUAAGAUGAGGCGACGGGGCUGCAUGUAAAAAUGGGUCUCCAGCAGGUCAUUUGGGGGGUCACUGUGGUGAUCUACGUCUUCUGCAAAGGUUGUCAUUCGCAGGAACCUGCAUGUGGUGUGGCUACACUCGAUGGCACAAUCGUGGAAAAUGAAAGUGCAGUUCCGGGAGGCUGGCCGUGGCGGGCCGCUCUCAACGUGUCCGGCAGUGUUUCCUGUAGUGGCUCUCUAAUCAGCAACGAGUGGAUACUCACAGCUGCACACUGCAUCUCACCUGCUGACCUCAACACCACAGUGGUCCAUCUGGGACUCGACAAUGAAGCCACUUGGAGACUUGCCGACAUCGUACGCCAUCCGUUGUACGACUCGGUGACGUUCGAGAACGACAUCUGUCUGCUGAAGCUGGCGGCUCCAGUGAAUUUUACCACCGACAUUCAGCCCAUCUGCUUGGCCGCUGCAGACAGCACUUUCUACAACGGGAUCAGCAGCUGGGUCACAGAUAAUGACCCCACUGCCAGAACUCUGCAGAGAAUAAAUGCACCAAUCAUGGGAAACAAUGAGUGCCAAUGCUACCACCAGCCUCAAAACAUCACAGGGAAUAUGAUCUGCGCCGGACGCCUCGGUGGAGGGAGGAACUUAUGUCAGGGAGACUCUGGAGGGCCGCUGAUGUCCAAGAGUGGUUCCACCUUUAUCCAGAGUGGCGUUGUGAGUUGGGGCAUCGGCUGCGCCCAGCCUAGUAACCCUAGCGUCUACACCCGUGUGUCCAGCUUCCACGAAUGGAUCAACGACACCGUCACCGGCAUGACACCGGGUUUCAUCUCCUUCGUGUCCAGUGGCAACGACAGCGACUUGAACUUCACUUGCCCCUCAGAACCCCCAUUCCUCGACCUUCUCCCCCCCUUCCCAGCUUUCCCAACUUUCCCCCCCUUCCCAGCUUUCCCAACUUUCCCCCCCUUCCCAGCUUUCCCAACUUUCCCCCCCUUCCCAGCUUUCCCAACUUUCCCCCCCUUCCCAGCUUUCCCACCCUUCCCAACUUUCCCCCCCUUCCCAGCUUUCCCCCCCUUCCCAACUUUCCCUUCCAGACCCUGCGACCCUAACUCUCCGAGCCUAUCUUGUAACAGUGAAAACCUGAUCCACUUCACUAACUUCGUCGCUCUGUCCAUUCUUGCCCUGGUGCUUCAUGCAUUCGUUGGCAGUGGCUGAAUGCAACUUGGCACAAAUUUGUACAAAUUUCAGCUCACAUCGACCUCACAGGACUGUGUUGCUUUCAUGGCAUUUAACAGCGAUUCAAGGGGGUAAUAUUUUACCUAUAAUUUAACCACAUCAGACAGACUGCCUACCAAUCAAUCCAUGUAGGGCUCAAGGUGAAUUAAAUAUAUCGAUUUGCUCUGUUGUCUUAUUUUAAUUAUGUUGUGACUGUUGCUGUGGGCAUUAUAAAGGUGCUUGAAAGUUUGAGAUCAUCAUUAGCAUAUUAAGCCUUUAAUUCUACAGUGAUUAGAUGUUAUAAUCACACAUGUACUAAUUUAUAUCAGACAAAAUCUGAUGCACUUUAAUUUUCAAGUCCUUUCUCAAAUCUUAUUUCAAGAAGCAGUUUUGGUUUUGUGCAAUAAACUAUUUUAAAACAGAA